CAAAUGACGAUAUGAUGAAUGUGAUUGAUACUGAAAAUAGUUACAUGCGAAUGGAUCACCAAGAAGGUAUAACAGUCAUUGAGCAACCUAUUGACCAAAAUUAAAGAUAUGGCUAGUGACGAUUCGAGCGAGCAUUCAUCGGAUUCUGAUGCCCCUUUUCACCCAGAAAAGGAGCCUGACCAGGGAGAGGCCAGUGAUCGUGAGGCAGAUGCGUUAGAUGCGUGGAUGGAGAGAUUUGAGCUAGAGGCUGAUAGGAAUGCCUUACUUGGCAUUGAGGUGACAGGUGAUGGGCAGCCACCCCCGUCAGGUUCAGGUCAGACCACUACAUAUUAUGGUGCACAGGGGAGCGGGAAGAAGUCAAGUGGGAAUCCAAAGGCAACACGAAAGAGUAAACGAGGUCCCACGAUGAAUCUCCACAACACAGGAGAUAUGGUCUUAGAGUUCGAUGAUUUGGGAAGGCCAACAGGUCCAUGGCGAGCCAAGUAUGGUGUUUGGAUCGGUCUUUCUAUACGGAAGCUGAACAUCAACUGGUCAUGGAGACACAUUUCUCCUACCUUGUUGGAUGUGAUGUGGACAGACACUAUGAACAUGUUUCACCUUCCCGACGAGGUUCGAUACAAGAAGCUCUACUUGUCUGCUCUGAACGUUAGAUGGAGGGAUUUUAAGAGCAAAUUGGUAUCUGGCUGGAUAACAAUGACGAGAGUUAGAUCAAAGAAAGAGAAGUUAGGUGAUAGUCCGCCUGACGUAUACAAGCAUAUCAAGAAGGAGGAUUGGGCCACUUUCAAAGAAAAGAUGAUGUCAGAUCAUGCUAUAGUAAGUUUGUAUUCUUAUUAUUAA